AUGGCAUCUUCUUCGAAUGGAAACGUCGAUGGGUCCGGCACCCCGAACUCGACCAGUGCUCGACCGUCCAACUCGACGCCCUCGAGGAGCACCACCGACCGAGUCAUCAAAAGUGAGUUUGGCGGGUAAUUCCCUGUCCCUGUGGCCGCACCAAAAACUAUAUUUUUCUGUUACCUAAUAGUUACCUUAUGACGCAAUAAUAACCCAAAUAAACCACGCAUGUGUGCCUUUUAAGUCAUCAAAUAUGUCGUUAUCCCCCAAACAAAAGUACAUUAGUUACACCUCGCACCCGCACGGGAAAGAUGCGAUGUAUACGCAGUAAUGCAUCGAAAACACAUUCCAGGUGUCCAAUUCCCCAUCAGCGAACGUCUGAAGCCGGAUGAUGUAUAUGAGAGAAGAACGGGUAAACCUCGCUGUGAGGUCCUCAAAGAACAUUUCAUCAAGGAGGGACGGAUCGAUGAAGAAGCUGCCCUUCGAAUCAUCAAUGAAUGCACGGCACUCUUCCGACAAGAGAAGACGAUGCUCGAUAUAGAAGCCCCGGUUACCGUGUGUGGUGAUAUUCACGGACAGGUAAGGACAAGAGAAGAUGACGUUACAAAUAUUACUUAUGUAUCAUCGCUGUAACUUCUGUCAUCGCUAUUUGAUUCUAGUUCUACGAUCUGAUGAAGCUGUUCGAAGUCGGAGGUUCCCCUGCCAAUACGAAAUAUCUAUUUCUCGGUGAUUAUGUGGACCGUGGUUACUUCAGUAUAGAGUGCGUCCUUUAUCUAUGGGCCCUCAAGAUUUGUUACCCUAAUACUUUGUUUUUGUUGCGUGGCAAUCACGAAUGUCGCCAUCUGACUGAAUACUUCACUUUCAAACAGGAGUGUAAGUGCGUUCCCAUUUUUCUGAUCGUAUUUAGGUAAAAUCAAAUAUUCGGAGCGGGUAUACGAUGCUUGUAUGGACUCGUUCGACGCCCUCCCCUUGGCCGCUCUCAUGAAUCAGCAGUUCCUGUGUGUUCAUGGAGGUCUUUCACCCGAGAUCCACACUCUGGAGGACAUCAAGAAGGCGAGUUGGUCUUCUUUUUCUUAUCAUUUCGGUUUAGUUGGACCGCUUCAAAGAACCCCCAGCCUAUGGUCCGAUGUGUGACCUUCUGUGGUCGGAUCCCUUGGAGGACUUCGGCUCUGACCGACAUACCGAGCAAUUCUCCCACAAUUCAGUCAGAGGCUGCUCCUACUUUUACAGGUAACCCCUGCGGGCAUCUCUGACCUUCUUUUAGUUAUGGCGCUUGUUGUGAUUUCUUACAACAUAACAAUCUGCUGUCUAUCAUCCGUGCCCACGAGGCGCAGGAUGCUGGCUACAGGAUGUACAAAAAGUCGCAGACAACUGGAUUUCCGUCCCUGAUCACCAUAUUCAGCGCGCCAAAUUACUUGGAUGUAUAUAAUAAUAAAGCAGCUAUUCUCAAAUACGAAAACAACGUCAUGAAUAUUAGGCAGUUCAAUUGCUCACCUCACCCUUACUGGCUGCCCAACUUCAUGGAUGUGUUCACCUGGUCGCUGCCAUUUGUCGGCGAGAAAGGUUUGUGAUUAUUUUAAAUCUGAUUUUAAUAUAAAAAACGUGGCUUCAGUGACCGAAAUGCUAGUCCAUAUCCUGAACAUUUGCUCGGACGACGAGUUGAUGGCCGAGGCCGAUGAUACGUUCGAAGGUAGGUGGGGCGACGGUGUUUAGUCGAUUCAUACAUCUAUUCCUGUAGUAGUCCUGGCUCGGGUAUACGGUAUUCCCAGCACUUUCUGUACCAUUUUUGAGUUCUGUUUCCGCACACAGCGCCAAAAGAAAGUUCCCAUCCCCUCAAUCGAUCACUAUUUAUGUUCGAGUCGCCUGUGCACGCUCUGGUUCUAGCUCGAACAGCAUUACAGAAAGUGCGUGGACAGGUGGCCGGGCGCGAGGCAUCGGUAGUCUCCCAUAUUUCGGAUGUCCGUGCCUCUCUUCCUCUAUAUUUUCUAUGGUUCAGGUACUCUGACAUUCCCUUUCUUAGAUAUUUUAUCAUUUCUGGCACCAGAUCUUUUGCGUCUAGUAGUGCCAAGGCAGGGAGGAGCGGAAGGGAGUACUGUAAUCGUCGAUGUAGCCGUAUGUGGGUGAGUGUCGUGUCGUGACCACUAUUUUUGUGUUCUUAUCACUAAAUAUGUAGUAGUAACAUGUCAUCAUGACAUUGCGUGUGCAUAUCGUAGUCUAAGGUUAAGUUGAAACUGAUUUAGUUGAGUGGCUAGCCGGUUGUAUGUCCAGUAAAUUAAGAGAGACUCCGGUUUUGGCUAGCUGCAGCCUUGUUGAACGGCUGAGUCCUAAGUGAGCUGUUGCUUAGACGGCCGGAACGGACAGCGGCUGGCCAAACGCCGAUCCAAAUCUUAGUUGACGGUCUUGGUAGGUUUUGUUUUAACCAUGCGAGGUCUGCUGUAUCGUACUGUAAUUGUGGGUUCCAACCGCUACUUUCUGCCUGUGCCGGUCCAUUUAUUUAGACUGCUUUGCAUGGUUUGGAGACUAGCUGAGCUGAGAGGGCGUGUCUUUUGAUGAUUAGCCGGAGGUCUGGAUCAGUUUGAAGUGCCUUGAACUUUUAUUUUAAAUACUUUGGACCAAUCUGGACCCUGGAAGAGGAGAUAAUAAAGUCGAUCUUGUAUUGCGUAACAGUCUGCCCUUAGGGCCAUGCAUUGGUCGAUUAGAAGAGGGGAUGGGGACAGGACUGUAGUUGACCGUCGGGGGUAAUAUUUUAUUUCCUUUUUAAUAAUACCAUCUUUUUCAUGUCCAUCUCAGGAUCCGAAGGUAAGUUGACUGGCCCGACCACCGUAACCAGUCAUUUCUUUUGUUCAUCCGAUUCGUUUGGCCUGAUUUUAACACUGGCUGUGCCGUGCCGUUCCUUAUUUUUCAUUUCUGUAUAUGUCGUUGUGUUGUCGCUUCGAUGUGCCGCAGGCAAAGACGGUUUUUUCGGGGAGAGCAGAGGCUAGCCGAGUCCGUCUUUGCCUGCCGAACCUUCCAUUCCGUUCCCUUCUUCGACUUUCGCCUUAAUUUUCGGAAUUCUCUUUGGUUUCACACACAUUUGAGCAGAUCUCUUAUCAUCACUGUGUGUCCUUUUUUGGCCCUCGAUUCCCGGUCGAUUAUUUGUAUUUGAUUCCAGGAGGUAUUCCGUCGGCUCGCAAAGAGGUCAUCCGACACAAGAUCCGCGCCAUUGGCAAGAUGGCCCGGACGUUCUCAGUUCUCAGGUGGGUCGGGGACCGGGGUUUUAGCUGGAUAUUAAUCACUGACGUGUUUCUGGGUCUAACUGUGUGAUCUUCGAGAGUUUCAGGGAAGAAAGCGAAUCUGUAUUACAACUUAAGGGUCUCACGCCCACUGGAACACUGCCUCUGGGCACGUUGGCUGAAGGACGGCGAGGCAUUCAAGAUGGUAAGUUAUUGGGGUUACUGUAUGUUUUUAUGACAGAAAAAAUAAUAGUUGCGCCUGAAGAGUACUGUAACAUUAACUUGGUUUGCCGUUUGAAAACCCUUUUUUGAACUAAAUAAAAUGAGACCGACGUCUCUUAUUAUUCCCCAUUUAAGACACGAAAGCGAAGCCGUUGUCCAACUCAAAGGGCUCAAUCCCGCAGGAAAAUUGCCACAGGGCGUUUUAUCAGGCGGCAAACCAGCUCUUCAGGAGUGUAAGUGAAUCUAGGUCGAGUAUAAGAUAGUUGAUGGGCUUGCCCUGAAGAUAAAAUGCCUUUUAUAAAACUAUUCGCUUUUGCAGCCUUGCAAGGUGUAGAACCGGGCCACAAGAUCGAAUCUUUCGACGAAGCCAAGAUGUUGGACAGGAUCAACGAACGAAUGCCCCCGCCCAAAGGGAGCACCCCCCAUUCCCAAAGUCCGUCCGCAUCCCCCGGCCCCUCACGUCAUCCCUCCGCUUCCAAUCACACCAACCAGGUCAACAACACCAAUGCCGACACAAACCGGAGUCCCAAACCGUAG